UAUUUCGGUUGGAAAACUUGACAUUGUUUUGUCACAGAAGACACUAAAGCUGGUAUCAUCUUAAGUUACGAUCACAAAUCGUUUGAUUUCUUCGCUUCUGAAAAUUAUAAAAAACAGUGGCCGCACCUCUUAGGCGACCUCAGGGCGACCUGUUGUUUCAAAUGUCGUAGUUAGUAGUCCUCUCGAGAAAAGACACAUUAUGACAACUUUUUGGUGAAAUUUACUGGUGACACAGAAAUUUAAAGAAGAAACAUCUAAGCCGUUGGGAUUUGAAGGUUUUCUUGGCACUACGUCAAAGUAGAAAGUCUCAUGUAGCCACAAGAUGAUACGACAAGUGCUGUAUAACAUUUUGUGUAUGGUUKUGUUCAGUUCAUUUCUACAAACGAGCUUUGUUUGUGCUAAUGCUAACAUCUCUGGAACAASCAUUCUUAUCUCUUUCGAUGGUUUUCGGUGGGAUUUUAUGUCCAAGACAAAUACACCUCACAUGGAUUUUAUUGUUAAAACAGGCGUCAAAGCUCCUUACAUCAACCCAGUAUUCCCUGCAGAGACUUUGCCAAACCACUAUUCCAUGGUUACGGGACUCUAUCCCGAAAGUCACGGGAUCCUAUCGGGAUAUUAUACUCAKGAUCCGGUUUGGAAUACUUCGUUYAGUAUGGAUAACACCGAAUCGCGAUGGUGGGACKGUGGAGAACCAGUAUGGAUAACGAAUCAAAAACAUGGCCAUCGUAGUGGAGUAUGCUACUUUCCAGGUUACGAUGUUAAAAUUAAGGGGCUCUAUCCAUCCUUUUCCACAAAAGACUUCGAUUAUGGCAAGCCAUUUAUACAUAGUAAAAAGAAGUAUAUGUCGUUUUAUAAACAAGUUGAUACAAUUAUAGACUGGAUGAAAAAUAAAGAACCGCCUUCUUUUAUWGCURCAUACUUYCGAGAACCAGAYGAAACUGCGCAUAGAUUUGGUCCAGAGUCAAAUAAAGUUGUUGAUCAGAUUAAAGAACUUGACAAGGUCGUGGGGUAUUUGCUAAAAAGAUUAAAUGAAAGUGAAUUCCUCCAAACUACAAAUUUGAUUAUCACAUCGGAUCAUGGACAUACAUCAUAUAACACUUCGCGGUUUCUCGAUUUCGAUAAAUACAUUAAUAGUACUGAGUACAGACGAUUUGGUAUCACAACUAUUCAGAUAUGGCCGAAACAGAAUCACACAGUUUCCGAGGUUUAUCAAAAGUUUAAAAAGAUGGAAAAUGAGACAAAUCAUAUUUCAGUGUACAAAAUUGAGGAUUUUCCUGAAAGAUAUCAUUUCAAGAAUAACCCUCGAGUACCACCAAUAAUCGCUAUUAUGAAAGAACAUUGGAUUGGAAAUUCUAGUGGAUUUUGGAAAAUAUGGAAAAAAGAGAAGAAUGGCUCGAUAAAUGAUAUGAAAGGCGACCAUGUUUACCGUCCUGAAUUACAAUCAAUGAAGCCAUUUUUUAUUGCAAGAGGACCAGGAUUUAAAGAAGGCUUUGUAUCAAAACCAUUUGAAACCAUAGACAUUUAUCCUAUGUUGUGUUAUCUGUUAGGUGUCCCCCCUGCUCCCAGUAAUGGAUCCUUACUAAGGGUAAAAGACAUGUUCAAAGAUAGCUCCACCUCACUGACAUUGAGUGAAAGAAUGGCUAGCUUUUUAACAUAUGCUUGGCAAGGAUUAGUUACAUCAUUGUAAUAUAUCUGUGGCAGAAUGUGUCAUAGUCCCGACUGGAGUAGUGAUGCAACAUUACGCGCUUAGACAAAGGCAGGCACAAAAAGGAACACUCAAACCAACCAAGCCCGUCCCAAAUUACCUUCCAAAGUUCCUGGUCAAAGGCGAAUCUAGAGGGGCCGAUUAAGGAACCUCCCAUUACAAUUUAAGAGGAAAUUAGUUCUUAUGGGGAGACUUUUUUGAAAAAAUGCUAAAGCAGCGUUCACCUGAUGGGGUGGGGGAAGGGAGAGCUACAGCCUCCCCCUUCCUGAUGCUCUGGAUUCGAUAAUCCAGGUGUAGGAACGGCUGCUUACUAUGAGCCUAGUCCCACAUGUGUCACAAAUAUAGGUCGUAACUGUGAUUUCCUAUCAGACUAAUAUCAGAAUUAGACAAACGCAACUAAUAAAAACGGAGAGA